AUGACGAUGUACAACCCAACGGCAGAGAGCAGCACGGUUCUGACACCUCUGACGGGUUCAUUGUCAGUGAUGGACAGAGUGAAUGGAUCACACAAUUUUGUGUUGAAGGGUUACUCUCUAACGAAGGGAAUGGGCACUGGAAAAUUCAUUGCAAGCAAGACAUUCACUGUGGGAGGGCAUCAGUGGGCCAUUUAUUUCUACCCUGAAGGGAAGGUCCCUAGUGAGAAUGGUGUUUAUGUUUCCGUCUUUGUCGCACUUGUUUCUGAGGGCACCGAUGUUCGUGCACUGUUCGAACUCAAGUUGCUCGACCAGAGCGACAAAGGGACUGACUUGGUUUAUACUCACUUCGGUCGCAGCCUCGAGAAUGGCCCUUACACUAUCAAAACCCGUGGCUGCAUUUGGGGAUAUAAGCGGUUUAUAAAACGAAAAGACCUCGAGGCAUCAACUUCUCUCAAGGACGAUUGCUUGAAGAUCGAUUGCACUGUUGGUGUUCUGGUGGUGUCAUCGUCUAGUGAUUCUUCUAUGUUAAACGCAAUACAUGUUCCUGAAUCUGACAUGGGGGCAGAUUUGGGGAUGAUGUUAGAUUAUGAGGAAUUAUGUGAUGUUACUUUCUCCCUUGGUGGGGAAAGAUUUCGUGCACAUAAGCUUAUUUUGGCUACUCGGUCAUCAGUGUUUGAAACCUGGCUUUCUAAUGGGGUUGGCAACGAUGACAAGGAGAUAGUUCUCACUGACAUUGAGCAUAAAAUUUUCAAGGCUUUGCUUCAUUUUAUAUAUACAGACACUCUAAUGGAAGAUGAAGAUCUCUUUAUGUGGGAAUCUUCGUCCUUGUUAUCGGUAUCUGAAUCAUUUCCGGCAAAGUUAUUAGCUGCAGCAGAAAAGUAUGACUUGCCACGACUGAAGAUGAUGUGUGAGUCGGUACUUUGUAAAGACAUAUCUAUAGAUUCUGUUGCAUAUAUUCUGGUUGUUGCUGAUCGUUAUCGUGCUACUCAGUUGAUGGAGACUGUCACGAAAUCUGAUAGUUUCCAGUAUCUUAGGAAAAAAUGGCUAUUGCUACACGAGGAGCUGCUAAACAGUGUGGUUGACUUAGACAAUUUUAUUGUGCACGUCCAAUCUUCUGAGGAUGGUUACACCAAUGAUAGGAAACAACCAACCUUAGAAAGAGGUGAAAGUUCAAGGGUUCACCUUUCUGAUGAUGAGUUGAUUAAGACACAGAUCUAUUCAUGA